AUGUGUUAUUUCGACCAGACCCGGUGGUCGUGCGGCUUCUGGCGGUGGGGCCACUUCCGCCAGCAGUGUACUAAGGAAUAUCGGACGGGCGAGACGUGCGGGAUGAAACUCGUAUACAUGACGAACCACGAGGCGGACAUCUGCAAGCUCUGCAAAGACAUGGAAAAGAAGCAGCGGAAGUACAACAAGCUCGAGAGCGACAUAUACCGGUGGCAAAGGGAGGGCAACCGCACCGCAUCGAUCGAGAAGGCCCAGAGCGAACUGUAUGAUGUGAGCAAUGCCAUCCAGACAUUGCAACACCAACACUGGACUCGCUUGUGCAGCACGUGCUGA